AUGGAUGUUAAAGUAGACAUCUAUGGUUCUGAGAAUGAUGACCAACAAAAGCUACCACUCUUGCACAAUAUGGAGGUGCCAGAACCGGAGAGAAACCUAAUUCAGAGAGCCAUCAAUCAAACAUUUCAAAGCACAGCACAUUUGUCCAAUCUUUUACCAACUGGCACUGUCCUUUCUUUCCAAAUCCUAUCCCCAAUUGUCACAAACCAAGGCAACUGUGACUCAGUUAGCAAGUUAAUGACUGCUACACUUGUAGCUCUAUGUGGUGCCUCUUGUUUCUUGCUAUGCUUUAGUGAUAGCUUCAGAGACAACAAGGGGAAUGUUUGUUAUGGGUUUGCCACCUUAAGGGGCUUCUGGGUCGUUGAUGGAUCAACCACCCUUCCACCUGAGCUUGCUGCAAAAUAUAGACUGCGGUUUAUAGAUUUCAUGCAUGCAGUAAUGGCAAUUUUGGUAUUUGCAGCAAUUGCAUUAUUUGAUCAAAAUGUGGUAAAUUGCCUCUUUCCAUCACCCUCAGAUGAGACACAGGAAGUCCUAACAGCGUUGCCAGUUGUUAUUGGCGUUUUGUGCAGCAUGCUGUUUGUAGCAUUUCCUACGCAGAGACAUGGAAUUGGCUUCCCUCUCUCAACAAAGUAA